CUCCUCCUCCUCCUCCUCCUCCUCCUCCUCCGUCGCUCCGCCUUCCGAGCUUUUGUCGUCCACCAACCGCCAUCCGAAGUAUUAUCCUCGGAACCUCCCCGUCCAACCGAAACAAAAGUACCUUUUGCCCUACACUGUCUGUAAUCCCUCAAAAGGUCUCACAAACUGCCUAAUCCGGUCUUGUGUUUGUUUAUCUGCGCCCCCCUUCUCAUAAUCUCCCACCUCCGGUUCUCAACACACACACACACACACUUUGCGUUGUUACGUACUUGACAUUCACGACCCGUGACUUUUUCAAUUGCGUCCCUAUUCCAAAACCCCCCAACUCCGUCGCCCAUUCAAUCUUUCGAGCAAGCUUAAAUGUUGGAGAUUCACCGUCCCUCAGCCUUGCCACAUCUAUCGGCUAGGCACCUCAGCCGUGGUACUCCCAGAACCCCUCGAUCCAACAGUAUGACUCCAAUCCAAAAUCCCCCAUCUGCGCCCAACCCUGCAGGCGACGCAGGCGUUCUUCCCGAAUUUCGAUCUCUGCACCUCCAUGAUGCGCCAUCUCCCCCUGCCGAGGAAAGUGAGCUCGACAUCGAGAAUAUGCAACCAGAGACCGCCAUGAAGAUUGUCCUACGUUCAUGUCUCGCUCUUGCCAAUGCCGCAGGUGACGUCCCCGCCACUCCCCCCAUCUCUCGACCACACACUCCAAGUAACAAGGAGAACACCUUCGGCCACCGUCGAGUUGCUUCGAGACCUGCGACACCCAUUCCGGCCGACCGAGCGCAACAUCAAAAGGUCGAAUUGGACCCCCCGGAAGCCAGCCAUGACGAGCCGACGAUUGUCCACGGCGAUGGCGCCCAGCCCGAGCACGUGCAGCGCGUCAACAUGGCUCGAAAGUUCUUUUCCAAAACCAUCCCACGAGUUGGCCUAGAAGAUUAUCUCAACCGAAUCCAGCAGUUCUGCCCCAUGUCUACUGGAGUCUGGCUUGCCGCAGGCUCGUACAUCUUGCGCCUUUCCAUGGUCGAAAAGAUCGUGCCCCUGACACAUCGGACCGUGCAUCGAAUGGUGCUGGCGUCGCUCGUGACAGCCAUGAAGGCACUGGAGGACCACCGCUGGCCGCAGGCACGUGUUGCGGGCGUUGGCGGUGUCGACCAAACUGCUCUGAGCCGACUGGAGCUAUGCGUGGAAUUCCUCCUCUCAUUCGACCUCCAGCUUUUCUCCGUGGAGAAAUUGAAGGAGCAAACCAUCUCUCUCCAGAAGGCAGCACAGGCGGCCACGAUGACCACAAGGCUACCGUCAUCUUUCAAUCUACGGAUCAGCAACCCGAAAUUUCGCGAGGCUUAAUCACUACUCAUCAACUUUGACGAUUUGGGCAUUUACGGCGGUGUUCUGGAUAACUUUCGAUUCUGCAUGGUCAGGCGUUUGGACCACAAAACUCUUCUUCUUCACUUCUUCUUCGCAUCACGAUGUAACGGCGAGCAUAUUUCUUGGUUAUGGAGGACAUGAUUGCACUUUCUGAGAUACCUGGUCUUUGACCGUUGAGCUUUUCCCCUUCUUUUCUUUUUUAUUGACUUUUCAGUCUGAUGAUGGUAUGUUGCACUUAUGAUAGGGAGGCACAUGGAUGUACACAGUAGUAGGCUCAAGGGGUCUGAAAUCAACGACCAGCGUGAUUUCUCGAUACGCAAUCACAUAUAUUUUCGGCAUC